AAAUCUGUAAAAAAAUCUCGUUGGCAUUACGAACACUUUGCGAAUGACUAUGGGGCUGCGUGUCUUCAGUUUAGCGAUUACUAUAUCAACGACAGAUACUCGAAAGCGAGCAUGGAAAACCAAAGCGAAAACUGUUUAUUCUUGAACGUUUUUUCACCAUAUGAUCCAGAAGAUGAGGGUAAACUUUAUCCAGUCUUGGUAUGGAUACACGGUGGAUCAUUUUUGGCUGGUUCCGGUGAUACGGGCAUUGAUAUGGAAGUUACCGUUGAAAAUAUUGUAUUCAAAAACGUUUCGCUGGUUACCUUCAAUUAUCGUUUAGGACCAUUAGGUUUUAUGAGCUACGAAAAUGGUGAUUUUACGGAUGGUAAUUUUGGUAUUUGGGAUCAAGUAACAGCACUGGAAUGGAUACAGGCGAAUAUGAAACAACUGAACGGUGAUCCAUUUAACGUCACGGUAAUGGGUGAAGAUGCCGGUGCAGCUGCUGCUUCGAUGUUGGCUGUUUCGCCAAAAACCUAUAAUCUAAUACAUCGAGUAAUCACAUUGUCCGGUUCCUCAACAGCCGGAUGGGCUGUUCAACGGCAUCAGACUUCCGCUUGGGAUCUACGAAAUUUAGUGGACUAUUUACGUUGUGAAAAAACCUUUCAAAAACAAACACUGGAAAAACUGCAGUUAACUGAUCGAACAGAUGAGGGACGGUGUAAUUUGCAAGAAAAAACUCUUAGCUGUUUUAAUGAAAUUCAAGAUUUUAACAGCGAUGAAGUUAUGCACUGUGUACGAAAUGAACUCAACUUUUCGUCAUUACCAUUUCGAUUAGCAUUGGCACAUGAGUUAGGCAUCUCAAAGAUGGUUGUGGAUGGCGAUCUGAUCCCAGGUUCUGGUAAAGAAUUGAUACGUCAAAAUGCCCGAAUACCAAUCCUUAUCGGCAUUACGCAUAAAGAGUGGAGUCGUAAAGAACCAAAAGACUAUGGUUUUCAUCGAUACCAAAAUGUUUCUGGAGAAGAACGAAAAAGAAGCGUUUGGAGGGUAAUUGAUGAACAUUAUCAUGCCGGUAGCGAAAUGGAAUCAGAUAUUGAUUUUGUGGCUCCGGCGCAAAAAGAAAUUGAAGCAUAUGUAUCCAACGGACUUCCGGUACAUGCGUUUUCGUUUGAUUACGUCUCGGAAACGCCAAUGUUUGAAACUGUAAAGAAAUCUUAUAGCCUAUUUGGUGAUAAAACUCUUGCAGUUAAUCGAACAUUACAGCCUCUCGUUGGUCUUUCUAUGCAAGCAUUUCAUGGUAUAAGUAAUGCAUAUGUCUUUACCAAAGGCUAUAAGAAUAAUUUUCAACUGCAAGAGUUUAGCGAAAAAGACCAAAAUAUGUCUAAGAUGAUCACUCGAAUUAUCACUAAUUUUGUAAAACAUGGCGAACGAAAACGAAGUUUGCACUGGCCAGAUACGAUAUUUUGGAAUAUCGAAGCAGAUUUGUUGGAAAAAUUCUCAUUUCGCGGAGGUCAUUGCCCAAAGGAAACCGAAGAUCUUUCUUCUGAAGAGCGACUUCAAUUGGCAGCUUACCGCCGAGCGUGGUGGGCAUUAUGGGUAUUAGUUGCACUGAUUGGACUGUCGAUAUGGGGCUGUAUCAUAUUUAUUGUUGUAAAAAAAUGUCGUAGUCCACGAGCUAAACCCUAUGACAAUAUUGUGUUUAAUCGAUGA